UUGGCGUGAGGGGCUGCAGGAGCUUGGGGGCCAGUGGCAGGAACAAGUCUUUUCCGACCCGAUGGAGCUGUAUGAGACAUCCCCCUAUUUCUACCAGGAUCCCCACUUCUAUGAUGGGGAAAACUACCUGCCUGUCCACCUCCAGGGUUUCGAGCCCCCAGGCUAUGAGCGGACUGAGCUCAGCUUGAGCCCGGAAGCCCGAGGGCCCCUGGAAGAAAAGGGACUGGGGACCCCUGAGCACUGUCCAGGCCAGUGCCUACCGUGGGCGUGUAAAGUGUGUAAGAGAAAAUCAGUGUCCGUGGACCGGCGGAGGGCAGCCACACUAAGAGAGAAGCGCAGGCUCAAGAAAGUGAAUGAGGCCUUCGAGGCCCUGAAGAGGAGCACCCUGCUCAACCCCAACCAGCGGCUGCCUAAGGUGGAGAUCCUGCGCAGUGCCAUUCAGUACAUUGAGCGCCUACAGGCCUUGCUCAGUUCCCUCAACCAGGAGGAGCGAGAUCUCCGCUACCGAGGCGGGGGCGGGCCCCAGCCGGUGGUACACAGUGAAUGCAACUCCCACAGCGCCUCCUGCAGUCCAGAGUGGGGCAGUGCACUAGAGUUCGGUCCCAACCCAGGAGAUCACCUGCUUGCAGCCGACCCUACAGAUGCCCACAACCUGCACUCCCUCACCUCCAUCGUGGACAGCAUCACAGUGGAGGAUAUGUCUGUUGCCUUCCCAGACGAAACUAUGCCCAACUGAGUUUGUCUGCCAGGCUGGGUGUCCACGUGAGCCCCCAAGAUGGUGUCAAAGGCCACCACUUCUGCUGCAGGGGCCUUUCAAGCGAGGCUGUCCUGGUGCCAAGAAAACAGCCCCAGGCUGCCACAGGCCAGACUUCCCACUCCCCAUUCAUAAAAGGCUAACACCCAGCCCAGCAAGGGAAUGGAUGCCUUCUUUUAGCUGACUCCUUAGAGAAGAGAGUAUCCCCUUCCAAGGAAAGAAAUAUGGGGUCCAGAGAACCCUUGUGGAUGUUCCCCAAUGGGGCAAACUUAGGAGCUUUUUUUAAAAAAAUCAUAAUAUGCUUCUAAUUCCACGCCCCCCAAAUGAGAGCCUGAGACAGCGCCCCAAUCUGGACAAGCAUGCAUAUCCGUUCCAAUCUCUCCCUGAUGCCAGGGGCUAGGCUGGGCCUGCCCUGAGUUGAGAGAGAAGGGAGAGGAACUACCCUGUUCCAAAGUCCCUGGGGGCCAAGCUUUUGCAGUGGAUAUUGGGAACCUUCCAAUGGUUUGUGUAUUGUUUUGUUUUGUUUUGUGUGUUGUUUGUAAAGCUGCCAUCUGACCAAGGUCUCCUGUGCUAAUAUUGCCAGGGACAGGCAGGGAAGGGGGUGGGGGCUCUUGGGGCGACUUCUUUUGUUAAACUAAGCAUUGUGUGUGGUUUUGCCAAUUUUUUUGUAAUCCUUUUGCUAACUUAUUUGGAUUUUCUUUUUUAAAAAAUGAAUAAAGACUGGUUGCUA